AUGAAAAUUUUAUCAAUAUUAAAUUCACUUAUUUUUACAGAAAAAGAACUUUAUUUUCAUAAAGAAAAAGAAAAGAUGCAACACCCAUUUUUAAAGAAUGAAGAAAUAAUUAAUUUCGAAGAGCUAAAACCAGAGUGUAUUGUCAAUGACAUUGAAGAAGGUAUUAAGAUAUGUAAAGAAAAUAUUCAAAAAAUAAAAGAAAUUCCAAUUAAUCAAAGUACAUUUGAAAAUACAGUACGUGCAUUUGAUAAUUCAAUAAUUCCAUUAAAAGAUAUAAUGUAUAAAAUUAACAUAUUAAUUUUAUGUAGAAGUGAUAUUAAAGAAUAUUCACUUCUAAAUGAAGAAAUUUUCUCAAAAGAAGUUUUAUUUAAGUCGAGUAUUUAUACUGAUAAUGAGUUAUUUAAAUUAAUAGAAAAUAAUUAUAAACAAAAAGAAGUAUUAGAAUUUGAUCAGAAACAAUUAAUAGAAAAAAUUUAUAAUGACUUUAUUGAUGGAGGGAUUUUACUUAAUGAUAGUCAAAAAAAUAAAUUUAUUCAAUUAAAAGAAGAAAUAUUUAAAUUAAGUAAAAAAUAUUUAAGUAAUGUAAUAAAUGAUACAGAUAAAUACUCAUUAUUAAUUGAAGAUAAAAACAAAUUAGAUGGUAUUCCAUCUAAUAUUUUAGAACAUUAUUUUAAUGAAGCUCAAAAAAGAAAGUUAAAAGGUUAUUUAAUUACUCUUCAAGCAUCUUCUUAUUUACCUUUACUUAAAUAUUGUAAAAAUGAAGAAAUUAGAAAAGAAAUAUUUAUACAAUAUAAUAGUCUUUGUAGUAAAGGUGAAUAUGAUAAUACUAAUAUUAUUAAUAAAGUAUUAGAAAAACGACAAGAAAUUGCUAAAUUACUUGGAUAUUCAAAUUAUUCAGAAUAUAUUACUAAAAGAAGAAUGGUUAAAAGUAGUACAAAUGCAAUGAAUUUUAUUGAAGAUUUACAUCAGAAAAUAUUACCAUUCUUCAAAAAAGAAGUAGAAGAAAUAAUAAAAUAUAAAAAAGAACAAACAGGAAAUAAUGAAUUAAAUCCAUGGGAUAUUAAUUUUUAUAUUGAACAAAUAAAAGAAAAACAAUUAAAUUAUAAUGAAGAAGAAAUAAGACAAUAUUUUCCAGAACCAAUUGUAUUUAAAGUAUUAUUUGAAGUAUAUAAAAGAUUAUAUGGAAUUACUUUUUGUUAUAAUAAAACAAUAAAAGGAUGGCAUCAAGAUGUUAAAUAUUAUGAUAUUAUUAAUUCAAAUAAUAUACGAUUAGGUGGAGUUUAUUUUGAUUUAUAUUCAAGAAAAGGAAAAAAAGCAGGUGGAUUUCAUGAUGUUCUAAGAACAAACUAUUUAAAUGAACAAGGAAUACUUAUUAAACCUUUAGGAGUAGUUGUAUGUAAUUUUCUACCACCAAAUAAUGAUGGUAUUUCAUAUUUUAGUCAUAGUGAAUUAAAAACAUUAUUUCAUGAAAGUGGUCAUCUUAUGCAUACAAUUCUUUCUAAACAAAGAUUUGCUUCAUUAACUGGAAUGAAUGUAGAAUGGGAUUUUGUUGAAUUACCAAGUCAAAUUAUGGAAAAUUGGAUAUAUGAAAAAGAAGUUUUUCAUUUAUUUAAUGAAGUUGGUGGAAUAAAAGAAAUUCCUCAAGAAAUUUAUAAUAAAAUAAUUCAAACACGAAUGUUUAUGUCAGCAUUUUAUAUGAUGAGACAACUUAAAUUUAGUAAAAUUGAUUUAGAAUUACAUCAACAUUAUAUUCAAUCUAAUCUUCCUUUAGAUCAUUUUAUUUCUUUAAUUACUGAAAAUUAUGAUUAUCCUUUUUCUUCUCCUUCUUUAUCUAUUAUUCGUCAUUUUAGUCAUUUAUUUAAUUUAACUUAUUGUUAUGCAAGUGGUUAUUAUUCUUAUAAAUGGGCUGAAAUUCUUGAGGCUGAUGCCUUUGAAUUAUUUAAAGAAAAUGGUAUUUUUAAUAGUCUGAUUGCAACUAAAUUCAAAACUUCUAUCCUUGAAAUGGGUGGUUCUAAACCAGCAAGUGAAUUAUUUAAAGAGUUUAGAGGAAGAGACCCUGACCCAUCUGCUUUAUUAAAGAAACUCAAUUUAAUUGAUUAUUAA